GCUACUUCUCUUCGCUCUAUCAAGUCACUUGCACCUCUCCUCGACCGCAUAUUGGUCCAGCGUGUCAAGGCCGAGGCAAAAACUGCAUCUGGAAUCUACCUCCCGGAAUCCACUGUUGAAAAACUCUCUGAGGCCAAGGUCCUUGCUGUCGGUCCUGGAGGGACCGACAAAGAGGGAAAGAGAAUCGAGGUAUCUGUCAAACCUGGAGACAGAGUUCUGAUCCCUCAGGUACAUUAUAUAUCCCGCUUCUGCUGUGGUGUAAAUUGCCCAUUGCUGACGGUGGUAUCAUAGUACGGUGGGAGCCCGGUCAAGGUUGGAGAUGAGGAAUACCACCUCUUCAGAGAUCAUGAG